CAGAGGUCCCUAGAUCUUUAAAGUGGGAUCUGACAUACUCAACAGAAGUUACGACACUGAAAAUGACACGCUAUUGUAAUCGGAAUAUGACACAACAGCUGCUGAGCUGGAAGUUAAGGUGUCGGCGAAAAGAAGUGACUGGACUUUAAAGGCGAGGCGAGGGAGAGCUUUUUCUGACUGGAUCUUUACGUGCAUAUCUCAGAAGAUCUCCUGAACCCCUUAGAAGAUGCUCAUGCUCUCUGCCUCAAGAAAUACUUUGUCUCCACCAGCAACAUUCAGCAGUAGUCGAGCUGAGGUGUAAUUUUCCCGUGCAGUUAUCCAGUUUAGGUAGAUUUCAGUGACUGCUCCCCUCUUCAACCUGAACAUAAUGGUCUAGUCCUGCUGUGAGGGCAUAACAAUGGCAUCCAUGGUUUCCAAUGGCAACCAAGGUGGCCAGUCACUGGUCCUGAAAGAUGUGGACCCUGAAACAUGCAUGAUCGUGUUCAAGAACCACUGGGCGCAGGUGGUGAAGAUUCUAGAGAAGCACGACCCCUUACGAAAUAAUGUGGGUGGCCUGGGAGGAGGUCACAGUCUUGGAGGAGGCGGGGGACUGGGUAGCCUCCGCUUCGGCCCGAUCCCUGGUGAUGAGGCCAGCGCCGUGCAGAACUACGUAGAGCACAUGCUCUUCCUCCUGAUGGAGGAGGAUUGUGGUCAGAGUGGAGCCAUGGGGCCCAUCCUGGAGUUUGUGGUGAUGGAGAAUGUGUUGGAGAGACUGUUUAUCUGGAGCCUGAGGAGAGAAUUCACUGACGAUAUGAAAUUAGAGCAGCUGAAGAUGUACGAGAUGUUGAUCGGACAAGCCAGGCAGCCGUUACUACAUCAUAAACCUGUGCUCAGGCCCUUGAUGAUGCUUCUGUCAUCCUGCUCUGGCUCCCCAUCUGGUCCGAGCUCCUCAGCUGUGGAGGCAGAACUGGUGCUGCUCCUGAAUCAACUGUGCUGUGUCCUGGCUAAAGACCCGUCUGUCCUGGAGCUGUUUUUCCAUACGAGUGAGGACCAAGGGGCAGCUAACUUCCUAAUCUUCUCCCUGCUUAUUCCUUUCAUACACAGAGAAGGGUUGGUCGGACAGCAGGCCAGAGAUGCACUCCUGCUCAUUAUGGCUCUCUCUGCUGAGAACCAUGUUGUUGCCAAACACAUUGCAGAGAAUACCUACUUCUGUCCGGUUUUGGCCACAGGUCUGAGUGGACUCUACUCCUCCUUGCCUACUAAGCUGGAUGUCCCUAGUGAGGACUGGCACUGUCUGCACCGUGAGGACUGGCAGCAGCUGCCUGCUCUUGUGCAGUUUCUUAAUUCCCUGGAGUUCUGCAACGCAGUCAUACAGGUGGCCCAUACUUCUAUCAGAGACCAGCUGGUGGGCUACAUCCAUAAUGGUUUUCUGGUACCUGUUCUAGCACCAGCAUUACACAAGUUAACACUUGAAGAGGUGAUGACCACAACAGCAUACCUGGACUUGUUCAUACGAAGUGUGUCUGAACCCGCCCUGCUACACACCUUCCUCAGCUUCAUCCUCCUCCAUCGCCAUGACAACGUACACAUUUUGGACACACUGGUUAGCCGCAUCAAUACUCCGUUUCAGCUUGGCACUGUAUCACUGGCUCUGUUCCGCACUCUCAUUGGCUUGUACUGUGAGGAUGUCAUGCUCCAGAUGAUUUUCAAGUACCUGAUCCCUUGUAACCACAUGAUGUUGAGCCAGCGCAGAGUUCUGAGAGAGAGAGACUGUUACUCCGUUUCAGGCGCUAAGUUUCUGGCCCUUACACCCUCCUGCUGCUCUCCAGAGAUCAUCCCUCCUCCACUUAGACAGAUGGACUCCAUCCUGUGGUCAAAAAGCACCGAUGGCUCUCAUACAGGAAAUAUGGAAUCAGAGGAGGUCCUCUCAGAGGAGGAUGACUGUGGUCACUCCUGCGUCAUUGGCUCCGAGAUCCACCUGGAUGUCAGUUACCUGCACUACCUGUACGAUGCUCGAAACAGCAUUAAAAACUGCACGCGAGCAUGCCGUGUGUGGUCGGCACCUUACGAUGGCGAGAACCCCCCUCCAGAAGAGUACCAGCCCAGUACCCUGGAGGAGGCAGGUAGGACUCGCCCACCGAUUACCAGCAGGAAAACGCAUCCCCAAACUCAGAUGCAUCGCUCUGGUCCACCCCACAAAGAUCUUGCUGCUGCUCCUGGAUUGUUGGAGCUGGAGUGGGAUGAUAGUUAUGAUGCUUGUCCAACACAAACCCAAUCAGAGGAAAAUCUUGAGACUCAUCCCAUCCCGGAAGAGCCCCCAAAACACAUCCAAGAACUGCGGAGAACUGCUAUUAUGCUUGUGAAAGGCUCUUACAUCGAAGAGUCUGAGUUUCAGAAUGAUGUUAUGGUCUAUGACCUGGUAGCUCAGAAGGAUGUCAAUGACUCUGGUGACAGCUAUCGUGCCCCAUCCAAACUUACUGAAAAAACAAAGCUGGACGAGUCUGGUGAACCAAUAGCUUAUCAAAAGAUUCCAAAUUCAGACUCCUCAAUGAGCAAUGGCUUAAGCCUCCCUUUGAACCACACAGAGAGUAAUAAGAGAGGGGGAGUCCAUGAACAAUCAAAUCAAAAGUCUGUGACCCCAGAAGGAGAGGACCUCAUGGCCCAGUAUGAGGAGCUGAUAAGGACUCUGGGUGUACAGUCCGGUAGUCCAGCAAAAGCAGACAGUGAACCUAAGAGUCCCACAGACCACAUGGAGUAUGAUGAAGAUGAGGUUGACUUUAAUUCUUUCUCACCAGAGACACCAGAGGCAGAAAAGAUACCAUCUCCUAUUGGGACCAAACCCCGCAGUGGGAGUAGGGGUCACGCUGUGCCCUUUACAGGGCCAUUUGUAAGUGUGUUGCUGUCUCGUCUAGAAAACAUGCUGAAUAACUCUCUCCACGUGAACCUACUUCUGACCGGCAUCCUGGCCCAGUUAUCUGCUUACCCUCAACCCCUCCUGCGCUCCUUCCUCCUAAACACCAACAUGGUGUUCCAGCCCAGUGUCCGCUCACUCUACCAGGUCCUGGCCUCAGUGAAGAACCAGAUAGAGGAGUUGUUAGUGACCCGUAAAGACAUCCCAGAGCUCCUAAUUGCAGCUCAGCACUGUUUGUUGGCCAGAGAGAGUUCAUUCAGAGGUCAAGACUCUGAAAGUCCAAAGAUUGGAGAUCGCCUCUGUGGUUCUGAAGCAGACAGAACCAAGAAGAACCCAGCUAUCCAACCCAAAACUGUGGUUCCCACAAAUAGAACUGAGAUCUAUGCCACAGUUCUUUUCACAGAGUUCCUCAAAGAACUGGCUGCCAUUGCACAAGAACACUCCAUCAUUUCUCAUCUUACCAUGGAGGAAUAGUCUUUCCACUGUAUUUCCUUGCUUUGAUGUUGAACCUCUCAAGAUAUUUUAAAUGAAUUGUAGUUUUUAUUGAAAGCACUAUUUUGUCAAUACCUCUAAAUUUGUGUCUUGAGUCUUGAUAUUGUUAAUGGGGCAUUCUUAUCAGCAUAUACAUUUUUCUCAAGUGGUGUGAACAGUUGUAGUUUCAUCAUUUGGUUAUGCAUUACCAACCCCUAUUUUCCAGCAACAGAGCCCUAUUAUCACUCAAUCAGUAUCACAUACCAGAAAUCAGUCACAAGAUUUGCCUUCAUUUGUCUAUAGUGGCUUGCAUUGACACUAAAUGCUGAAACUCCAGGCAAAAACCAAAGAGGAAUGGCCACUCAGCCAUAGAGCAAGAGGUGGGAACUGUCAUGGAAAGCACAAAUGAGAAAGGCUUUUGAUUGUGAUGUUCAUAAUAAUACGUCCUUUGACUGUGACAAGAGGACAACUGUGUGUUCUGCUGACUGUUGAUGUCUUUUGCAGGAUUGUUCACAUGAUGGCCUUAUUCGAAGUGUGCCUAUUCUUUUAGUCCUUAAUACUUUCAAGAUGAACUUUUUUUGCAAACCUAUAUGGUCAAAUUUGACAAGACUGACCAAAUGGAACGCUGCAUUUUAUCUCACGUUGCAUGUUAAGAAAUUAUUCUUGCAAAGUUGUUCUAUUUCCUUGUAGAGCAUCACUGAUAUACAUUUUUACUGAUAUUGGAUAUCUUAGGAAUCUCAGAUUUUCUAUGCAGCAUGUGUUGUUAAUUUACAUGUUUGAAACAAGCAACAUAUGGAAUUGUUAGGAUGAUGUAUAUUUCUUCAGAGGGGGUAAGAUAUUAAAACAGUUACAUUGAGAGAAAUUCAUAUUUUUUCACAAACAUAUUUCAUUUGAAAUAUUUCCUGUUUUUUUCAUUUCUGUUCUGUGUCUGUUUGAUUGCACAGCUUUAGAAUUGUAGGUGAUUUUGCUGAAGCAUAGUUAGGAAGAGGUUUGAUAUUCACCUGUCAGGAGCAAUUGUUAUGCUGUACUAGUUUGUUUCCUUUAUUGCACAGUUUGGAUCUUUGUCUUAUUAAUGUUUAUGAAGAAAGAACUGAAGAUUCCUUCAGUUCUAAUGUAUCUAAAUUACACUGCAUGGCCCAAAAAAGUCGCCGUUUGGAUUUAAAUAAUGGUUAUGAUCUGGGGUUGCUUCAAUUAGU